CACUACCUAAGAUUAUUACAAUAACUACGCUCUCUAGAGAGAUUCUAUCUAACUCAUUCUGUUCUCCGUCCUUUAUUCGACAAAUCCAGUACUUCAGAUAUAUGAUAUCUCGAGAUUUGCUCAAUCCGCUUCUUUGUAUCUAAGUACUCCUUGUGCCUUGAAUUGCUACUUCUCUUGUUGUGUGGGUGUUCGGGUCUUGGCCCGCUACAAUAGGAGCGACUCGUGUCAUUGGCUCAAGACUCAUCAAUGCGGGCCUGAACAGUCAACGGCUCUGUUUGCUGUUGCUCGACUUCAAACCAUGAGCUGUUCAGAAGUCAACAAGUGUGUUCAAGGCGAGAAAAGAUAAGCAGUUUAAAGUCAAGUCAGCUACAUAUCGAGUCUGGAAUAGGACCGUGAACAUCAGAACGAGAACGAGACAUUUGUCCCAUUCAGCUCAGCGUGGUUGGGAACAGCUACAAUACUGUAUAACUAACGAACAUAGCUUGAAAACAAGAUAUAGCUAUUCAAGAACACAUGAAAGACUGUUGCUUCAGAUGAGUAUAAAAGCUCAAAGCUGAAACGAAAUCCAUUAUUGUCUUUUCGUUUAAGUAUACACAGAACAAAAUCCAAAAUGGCGACCACUUUCACUCUCUUCCCGAACCUUGCCACCGAGCUGCAGGAUCUAAUUUGGGAGGCUGCAGCAACUAGUAGAGAACCUCGAACCUUCGAUAUUCGCUUCCGAAGGGGAAAGAACCCGCAUGAUGGUCCAGUACGGGUUAACGCCAAAUGGGCGACAUCAGAGGACAAUCCAGGGCCACUUUCCCCAGCCAUGUUUAGCGUCUGCAAGAGAUCACGAGAGAUUGCCAAGAAGUAUUCCAAGCUGGCAUUUGGAGGUAUCAACAAUAAUCCUGUUUGGUUCGAUUUCCAAACCGAUAUCGUGGUAUGCCAAAACACAGUCAAAUUCAUGAUGUACGGUUCUUGCUACGCUGGUAUGCGUAGCUGUUGCAUCGCCAAUGAAGCAUCUGUGCUACAGGACUUUGCUCAAGUCAAGAACUUCACCUGCAAGACAUAUUAUUGCCCAGCCGAAUGGGGGCCCCACUAUGUCGGUGCAUUUUAAAGCAGAGUAAAUUGGAUGCGAAAAUGGAUCGAGCAUAGCCACUUUGACGAUAAAGAGCUAUUGAGUCAUGCUGCCCAAGCUUGGUCCACUACCUUAACUGAUGCUCUGAAAAGCCUUCUCUUUGGGGUCUCCCCCUGCACAAGCUGUUUUGGCCCUUCAUAAGACAGCACCAGUAUUCUCGCUUUUACUUUACAACAAUCACGAACACGUUGACUAAACACCCAUCCAGGCAGCCGACGACUUCAAAGCAGCAACAAACAGAAAACCGAACCCCAGAAAUAUAAACGUACUUUCCCAAUUUUGACCGAUACCAGGAACAGGCCUCCAUAUCAAUCCAGAAAGAACAAUGAGAAUGCAACUAACAUGGAAUGGAGAUGGUUUGAAAGGUAAGAAUAACGUCAUUGUCCAUCCACCAAGUCUUUGUCUGUGUUCCCGCCUCAACUGAUCCGAGCUGACCAACAGACUCUCCUAACAGUGUUUUUAACAGCCACUGAGCAGACUUGAUCUGUGACUAAUGAUAUGGAAAUUCUUAGAGAACUUGACAGGAAAGAAAUGCUGAGCAGACUUGAUCUGUGACUAAUGAUAUGGAAAUUAGCAGAGAACUUGACAUGAAAGAAAAGCUGAGAAUGCGCAAGGGAACAUUGCCGUAAUAAUACUGAGCAAUACAAUGUUGUCGCCCCCUUAUAGUAUUUCCGUUCAACGAUUACCUUUCUCAAGCACCCUUCACGAAAACGAAGACUUUUUUCGGUGGAGGAAAACUCUAAUGCUAGACAUCAGUGACAUCGUCCGGUGUGCCUUGCAGGGGUUUAAAUGUGAUGGUGGGAAUAACGGCAUGCCGCCACCUCAGGUCGAGGUCUGAGGGUCCGAGCCGUCCGCCACAAAGCAUUGAUUGUCUCGGCGCUUUGGGCUCCUGUUGAGGGGAACAUCAGGGAAACAAGAACAUGAAAGCAAGGACUUGGAAACAAAGCUGUUGGAUGUUGGCUGGGUGGAAAUUCGCUGUCUCAGCUUCGCUCCCGUACAACUCGAAAUGUGUCAGUUCGUAGAAUAUGCUGUACUCAUUAAGGUUAUAUUUUGAUCUUCAGAUACACGGGAUCGUAGAUAUAGUUUGAUUA